UCAGGCCUAGUCACAUAUAAAUGUGGCAGCACACAUAAUACUUUGGGUUGUCCUGGUCAAACUGCUGUGAAACCAUGGCAAAGAGUUGGAGGGUCACCUCUUUGGUGGCACUAGCACUGCUAGGGUGCUUAGUUGGGACACAGGUAGGAGCUCAGGACUCAGUAUGGUCUGCAUCAUCAUUGACAAAGGGCGCUCCACCUCCUCAGGCACCACAGGUUCGUCAACCUCCAGCACCACAGAGGGUUUAUGAACCAAGACCACAAGUUUCGCCACCACAGCCGCAAUAUUCUCAAGCUCCAAAGGUCCAACCUCCUCCACCACCACAGAAGGCUUAUGAACCAAGACCACAGGUGUCGCCACCACAACCUCAGGUUUAUGAUCCAAGACCACAGGUUUCGCCACCACAGCCUCAGGUUUAUGAACCAAGACCACAGGUUUCGCCACCACAGCCGCAAUAUUCUCAAGCUCCAAAGGUCCAACCUCCUCCAUCACCACCAAAGGUUUAUGAACCAAGACCACAGGUUUUGCCACCACGGCCUCAGGUUUAUGUCCCAAGACCACAGGUUUUGCCAUCACAGCCUCAAUAUUCUCAAGGGCCAAAGCAUUUUCCAUAUCCACGAGCAUUUACUGAUUUUCAGUCUCCCCAAGAACCACAGGCCCCUCAACCAUAUGAACCAUACCAACCGGAGCAACCACAUCAACCAUAUCAACCAUAUCAACCGGAGCAACCACAUCAACCAUACCAACCAAAUAAACCGGAGCAACCACAUCAACCAUACCAACCAACUAAACCACAGCAACCACAUCAGCCAUACCAACCAACUAAACCGCAGCAAUCACAUCAACCGUAUCAACCACAACAACCGCAUCAACCGACAUCACCACAGGCACCUUCCAAACACCAGCCUUCUUUCCAGAGUUGUGAGGUGGCAGAGAACCAGAAAGUCCCAUGUGGUGGUCCUGAUAUCACUGCUGCUACAUGUGAAGCGAUUAGCUGCUGCUUUGAUGGCCGACAGUGCUACUUUGGAAAAGCAGUGACUGUCCAGUGCACCAAGGAUGCCCAGUUCAUCGUGGUAGUAGCAAGAGAUGCCACUCUGCCCAACAUUGACCUCGAAUCAAUCUCACUGUUGGGACAGGGUCAAGGCUGCACACAUGUUGACUCGAACUCAGAGUUCGCCAUCUACCAGUUUCCUGUCACAGCCUGUGGCUCCAUUGUUAUGGAAGAGCCUGGUGUUAUAAUCUAUGAGAACAGGAUGGUUUCCUCAUUUGAAGUGGGAGUUGGACUUCUUGGAGUCAUUACCAGAGACAGCUACUUUGAAUUGCUCUUCCAGUGUAGGUACACUGGCACUUCUGUUGAAACUGUGGUCGUAGAAGUAUUGCCAUUAGAUAAUCCUCCUCUGCCAGUUGCUGCUCUGGGACCCAUAAGAGUACAUAUGAGGUUGGCGAACGGACAAUGCAAUACAAAGGGUUGCAAUGAAGUGGAAGUGGCCUAUAGCUCUUUCUACACGGAUGCAGACUAUCCUGUGACCAAAGUACUGAGGGACCCUGUGUAUGUGGAGGUGCAACUCCUUGAAAAGACAGAUCCCAACCUUGUCCUGACUCUUGGUCGUUGUUGGACAACCACAAGCUCCAACCCUCACAGUCUGCCACAGUGGGACAUUCUGACAGACGGGUGUCCAUACAGGGAUGAUCGCUACUUGUCCUCACUGGUUCCAGUCGGUCUCUCCUCUGGUCUGGACUUCCCCAGUCACUACAGGCGUUUCAUUUUCAAGAUGUUUACCUUUGUAGACACCAAUUCAAUGGAACCCAUGAAGGAACAGGUGUACAUCCACUGCAGCACAGCUGUGUGCACUGCUGCUGCAGGUCACUCCUGUGAACCAUCGUGCUACAGAAGAAAGAGAGAUGUCAAGGAUGUGGACUGGAGGAGGGCUGAGCCGCAGGUUGUGGUUUCUUCCGGACCAGUGAUCAUGAGUUCCCCUCAGCAGUAAACAGCACCGUGUCCAGCUCAAGAAUUUGGCCAUGAACAUUUAGUGAAAGAUUUGAAGCAUUAACAUGGUUCACUUAUUAUUGAUGUGAAAUGAAAAUGACAAUGUUCAUAACUGUAAUGUUUGUAAAACAUUUUGAAAUAGACUCGAGUUAAAAGUGUGGUGCAGGAAGA